AUGACUCGUGUUUUUGGCCGUGUACACACUAUGGCAGCUCUUGUCAUAACCGGAAAUGGUAAAGGGCUGGCUGGAUAUGCCGUGGGAAAGGCUCCUCUGCACAGAACGACGGCAGCGAUUAUUAAUGGAAUGAAUAUGGCGUCGAGGAAGUUGUUUUUUGUCGAACUUCUCGAAGGUCGUACCAUUUAUCAGGACUUUUAUGCAGAGUGUCGGAACACCAGAGUGUUCGCCCAGCGUCGGCCUCACGGUUUUGGCCUCACGUGCCAUCCUAGGCUGAUAAAAAUCUGUGAGGCGAUCGGUAUCAAGGACAUUUACGUCAAAGUGGAAGGUUCAACAAAAAAUUAUCUUGCCCUAACGCAUGCCUUUGUAACCGGUCUUUUGAACCAGGAGACACAUCAACAGUUAGCAGAACGCAAAGGUCUUCAUGUGGUUGAAAUGUCACCAUCACGACAUUUCCUACCCCAAGUUGUCGCAUCGCCUAUUCUCACACCUCUCAAAGAAGAGGACGAGCUCGAAGACAUUGAUCGAUUAAAUUUGGACGACUUUUACGGUGAAGGGCGUUAUCCAUUGAGGAAACCCAAGCCGCUACCAUUUUACGUGAACACUCCUGGACAUAAGGAUGCAGAAUGGCGGAGGCAUCCUUACCGGAAUCAUGAAGAGGUGAUGAUCCGCCUGCUUGCUGACGGAGUUGUGCCACGGUGGACACGUGACGACCGACGUAAAUGGUCAGAAGAACAGCACGAGAAGACAUUAGCUGGUGUAGCGCAGUUGCCGACGGGUAUUGGGCUAUCGGAUGUCAUACCGAAGUCCAAAUAG